CACUUCCCUCACCAAGAAAUCCAAAAGAAAAAACUAAGUAGCCAUGGCUAAAUACACAGCCUUUGUCGCCCUCCUCUUCUGUCUUCUCCUUGUUGCUGCCACUGAAAUGAAAAUGGCAGAAGGAAAAUACUGUUGGAAGAAAAGUCACAAAUGGAAUGGGCCUUGUCAUUAUUCUUACAAAUGUAGCCAGCACUGCAAACACUGGUUUGGAGCUGAAUAUGGUAUUUGUAAAAAAUACCAAUGGGGACACAAACAUCAUCACUGGGCAAAUUAUGCUUGCUAUUGCUACUCUGCUUGCCAUUAACCAUAAGGAACUUUAAAGUCUCAACUUUUGGUUUGGACUGCUAUAUAAGAGAAGCUGACUUUCGAAAUGCAGAGUACUAAAUACUGCAUAAAGAAGCAGUUGGUGUGAUUUUAUUGUGUGUUUGUGUAUGUUGCCUUCAGUUUAUUGUAUGUUUAAUUUUUACAUUGGUGUUAUUGUGAAUCACACAUGGUAUUACGAAUAAGUAAUAUUGUUCUUAUUUGAA